ACCUUCGCAGUUAGUAUUUGAAUGCUAUUGCAGAAUCUAGUUUGCGCUCUUCCUUUUGGCACGAUGGCAACAAAUUCUACCAAGUGUCAUUUUCAGUUCCAGGCUAUGUCUGGCUUCUUCAUCGACUUCGUCGAAAAAGCCAAACGCGACGCUUCUUUUCGUGCCACAACCUUACCCAAACUUGGUCUGAUUGAGAGGACUUACGAAAGAGAUAAAGACAAAGUUUGUAGCGAAGAUUUAAAGAUGGAUAGAAAGCCCUGGGAGCAUUUCCGGGACUACAUCAAAUAUUUGAAUAGCCAAGAAGUGACCUUUACCAAAUAUGUACUAAGUCUUGUACCUUACAAGACAUGGACUAGGCUUUCAUAACUCAUUCGAAUCAGAAGUGGCGCGAAACGCCUGGAAUGUGAGUUGUUGUUUGCACGUAUAGCUAUUGCCUGGCACGUUGUACUCCAGUCCUCUCGCUCGCUGUCUAAAAACUACCCGUCUCGCUUUCGAGAAGAAACUCGAAGAACAAGGAGUAAAGUUUCGGCCGAUCGUCAAGGAGUCUCUGCAAGAAGUUAUUACCGAUCAUACUUGCGAUAGGAGUACCCAAAGUUGGAUUAAGAGAAUUGUCCUGACUACUUCAUUGGGCCAAAUUUCUCCGAGAAGGAUGAUCUUUGGACAGGGGGACGCUGGGAGACUAGGGGUGAACAUAUGGCAAGGAAGCAAUCAGUAUUGGAGAAUAUCUUCUCAAUAGACAAAAAUCCUUUUAUAGAACUUACAGUGCACUCCUACGCUAUCUCUGCCAUCUUGAGAGUAGUAGGA